UUGAAAACUGUUUCACUGCAAUUAAUAUAGUUUAUAGUAUCAAUCUGUUGAUCAUGGUCUUAUUCUUCGAAUUAUUACCCGCUCACUGAUACCUAUGCUCAGUAUUCUUAAAUUAUUCAUCAUUCACGCCGCUUGCCGAAGAAGUAUGUCCGAGGCAUCGAAAAUGUGUGAAAAAACCAUCGUGUUUGUCACCGGCAACCAAGGAAAACUAAGAGAAGUCAAAGAAAUUCUACAGCCUCAUAUAAGCUAUAACCUCGAACAUGUCGACUUAGAUUUGAACGAGUAUCAAGGCGAAAUAGAUGAUAUUUGUAAGCGAAAAUGCCUGGAUGCUUUCGCUCAAGUAAAUCGACCAGUCGUCGUUGAAGAUACAUCUCUAUGUUUCAACGCUUUAGGAGGACUUCCAGGUCCUUAUAUAAAAUGGUUUUUGAAAAAACUCGGCCCUGCUGGAUUAUCCAAGAUGUUAGCCGGCUUCGAGGAUAAAACAGGUACAGCCGUUUGUACAUUUGGAUUCGCUAAUGAAUCAGGACACGUUGAACUAUUUCGAGGAGAAACACACGGUACGAUAGUAGAUCCUCGAGGUGAUCAAGGAUUCGGUUGGGAUUCUUGUUUUUUGCCCGAUGGCUCGAAUCAGACAUAUGCCGAGAUGUCGUCUCAAGAUAAAAACCUAAUAUCUCAUCGGAAACGAGCGUUGGUUAAAUUAAAAGAUUAUUUAAGCUCGAUAAAUAAAUGAAAUUGUAUAUUGCAAAAAUAAAAAUUUGUCAAGUGUAGAAA